UGUGCGCCGCGGGCAGCGACGUCUGUUACACAGGGAUCCACAGUAAACACAGAUUUCUUUAACUGUCUAUGUUGUCGCCACACCGAGAACAAGCCAGCUAAGCAAUACAUGAGGAGAAAGUGAUGUGCUUGUCCCAUCUGGCAUAGUGGGACACUAUAGCUGAACCCCUCCCUGUCCUGUUGCUGUUCCCCCUGAAGACAUCCACCACUACCCCCACCUCCUUUCUCGUCCUCCACCUCCUCUACUUCCCUUCGGCCGCCCCUGUGAUGCCUCCCUCGUGCUGUGGCUACCUGUCACAGUACACUCAUCAUCAUCUGGUUGUCUUCCUCCUCACCUUUUUUAGCUAUGUGUUGCUACAUGCAUCCAGAAAGACGUUCAGUAACGUGAAAGUCAGCAUCUCAGCCCAGUGGACACCAUCUUUUCAGAAUGGCAGCGCACCGGCUUUCUCUCCUGGCGAGACAUGGGAGGAAAAUCAUCUGUUCGCAGAUGAAAAGCAGGCCACCUUGUUCCUGGGAGCUCUGGACUCCAUCUUCCUUUUUUCAUAUGCAGUGGGUUUGUAUCUCAGCGGUGUGAUUGGAGACAGAGUGAACCUGCGCUACGUGCUCUGCUUCGGCCUGUGUGGCUCUGCUGUAGUGGAGUUUCUAUUUGGCACUCUCACCGAAUGGCUCCACAUCUACAACAUCUAUCUGUACUGUGGCCUGUGGGUGCUGAACGGCCUGCUGCAAUCAGCUGUCUGGCCCUGCGUGGUAGCCGUCAUGGGCAACUGGUUUGGCAAGGCGGGCCGUGGCUUUGUGUUUGGCCUGUGGAGUGCUUGUGCCUCUGUAGGCAACAUCCUGGGGGCCUUCCUGGCUUCUAGCGUGCUCAAUUAUGGAUAUGAGUAUGCCUUCCUGGUGACCUCAAUGGUGCAGUUUGCCGGGGGGGUGGUGGUGUUCUUCGGCCUACUUACCUCCCCAAAAGAAGUCGGUUUGAGCUUUGAGUCAGAGACUGGACUCAGUCCGGUGGAGAGGGACACAGACAGCCACAGGCCUUUGAUGAGCGACGAGGAGGAUGAGGAUGAGGUGGAGGCGGAGGUGUAUGCCAGACAAUACCAAGAAGUUCAGCCGCCGGACGAACCCCUGGCCGAGACUCCUCGAGCCAUCGGCUUCUGCCAGGCUUUCUGUCUGCCUGGAGUGCUACCUUAUUCCCUGGCGUAUGCUUGUCUGAAGCUGGUCAACUACUCUUUCUUCUUCUGGCUUCCUUUCUACCUGAGCAACAACUACGGCUGGAAGGAGGCCGAGGCUGACCGCCUCUCUGUGUGGUAUGAUGUCGGAGGAAUCAUCGGAGGGACCGUUCAGGGUUUGAUUUCGGAUUGCAUGGGAAAGAGAUCCCCAGUGUUGGCCAUGAGCCUGGCACUGGCGAUGGGAGCCCUGGUGGGAUACAGCCGCUCACCGAAUGACCAGGUGAUUAACGGCGCGCUGUUGGCUACCACUGGCUUCUUCAUCGGCGGCCCGUCUAAUAUGAUCAGCUCUGCCAUAUCUGCUGACCUGGGGAGACAGGGGGCUCUGAGGGGCAAUCAGGAGGCUCUGGCUACUGUCACCGGCAUAGUGGACGGAACAGGAAGUAUAGGAGCUGCGGCGGGACAGUACUUGGUGUCCCUGAUUGAGAGCAAGCUGGGCUGGAUGUAUGUGUUCUACUUCUUCAUCGUCAUGACGGGGGGCAGCAUUGUGUUCAUCAUUCCCUUGCUCUUUAAAGAGGUGCUAGCCAUGUGGAGAGACAGACAAGCGCUGCGGCGCCAGCUGUGAACACGUCAACAUCUGCCAGCCAUAAUGUUCCUACUCUUAUCAGUGGCAACACAGCAGGGCUGCUCACAAACAGCUGCUUUUUGGUGAGUUUCAUGAGGUAUAAAGAUUUGUGGGACACUGUUUCUCACAGCCACGAUGGUUAAGCUGACCUAGAGUUACAGAGUUACCAGUUAAACUCCCACAAUGACCAGCGUUUGUCUAUAAACACCCACGUGAGCAGGCACAGAGUCUUUGAGCACAACACUGAAAUCGUAUCCACUCGCUAAAAGCCUAAAAAUGUACAUGCACAUUUCUUUUAGUGUGCAUAUGAGGAUUUAUAGGUGGGGCUGAAGUGCCUGAUUGAAAAAGGCUUUAAAAGGGACCUAGCUGUUUAGUCUGUGAUUUCAGGGCUUGCAGGGCCAUCACGGAAUGUACUACUGUAUAUAUGUUAGGAUUUAAUUUAAAUUGAUGUAAAAACCCUUUUUAAAGGAGAUACUCCUAACUUAAGUUCAAUAAUGUUUGGCUUUUUAGAUCAGAAGUUCUUAACUUAAAGAAACCUUUGGGAUAAUUUGGGUGUCAAGGUUGUCUAAAGAAUGUGAAUAUUAAUUGUAAUGUAGACAUUUUAUUGUCCGUUUUUGUAGAUAUGUACAAUAUUUUUGUUGUUUUUGGUCGAUCAUGAAUAUUGCACUGUAGUACAGUAGGCAAAGUCUUGAAGAUUUUAGUGAACCACUCAGAUCUUAGCUUGGUUCACUGCCACUUGAUUUCUGUGUACAGUUUUGUGUAAUCAGGAUUCGAAACUACACUGUCUGCAGGGACUGGUUCUCUUGAUUCUGUAUAAUGUAUGUGUCAUUCCUUUUUCAAGUUUUGUGUCUUAAGUCACAUGCAAUUGCCAUGAAAUCCCCCUCACACAGACACGCACACACACUGAGAGCAACACAUUAAGAAGAACCAUUGUCUACCAUUGUCUGACCUAUUUGUUUUACAGUGUAGCAUGGCCUAAUGCACUUUAAAGUGUAUACUGCAUUCUGGCAUUGCAGAAGAGACACAUUUUGCCUGCUUGCAGCAGAAGCUGCACUUUCUCACGGUUGUUUGGGGAACUUGAUCGCCAAUCUGUGUCUGAACAGAUUUAAAGGCCAAUAAAGAUAAAUUACUCACGAUCAGGGUGGGAAAUGGUCUUAUCACACCAGCCAUAUGCUAGUUAAUAAUUGGGCAGGUUGUCUACUUUACUAGACACUGUGGUCAGUAACCAGCCAUCCAAAAUCUUUUGUUCAAAUCAGUACUUUGGCCAGUAGACACAACGUUUAGUUUGCUUUGUUGCGUGUAGAUCAUUUAAUGUGUUUUUAACAUUUGGGACAUCAGGGCAUCUUUGUAUCAUCAUUACUGGGAUGAGACAUGUUUUUUCUGCUAUACCAAGAGCACUGGAGCAUACAAUGAGACUACACCUCCGAUGUCUCUGAACUUGCCAAGUGUAAUAGAAUGUAAAUUGAAAUGUUAGAGGAAUGUGUAACCUUAUCUAUGAUGUAUUUAUUUUGUUGUUGUUUUUUUUUAUUCAUGUGUACUUUUUGAGUUGUAGCUCAUGUAGAUGCACAUUUUCCUUUUAAAUAAAUGCAAGUUACAUUUGACAAAUUGCAAGUUAUUUACAGAAUAUUUCAGAUAAGAUAGUGAUGGUAUGGGUAGAUUUUUUUAUUUUUUUUUGUUUCCUUUCUAAACUUAAUUUUAUUAUAGUUUUCCUGUUGCAUUAAGACACUGUAUUGCCAUAUUAUUGACUGUGCCACCAGGGGACGCACUAUUACACAAGAACCCGCAUCUUUCAACCCUUCUUUGCUUCUCUCAAUGCAUCUACGGUCACAAUACUUGCUCACAACACACAAAAUAUAAUGGAAACAAAAAAUUCAGACCAAAAUUUUGUAGUUUAUAUCAAUAUCAUUCAUUAAUGUUUUAUUCAUUUUGAGAAAUCAACAAUUAGAAAGGCAACAGUGCACCAACAACCCAGCAAUAUAUUUUCUUUACAAUUAUUAUCAAGCAUUUUGAUGCCAAUACAAAUACACUACAUGUUACAAGGGUACAUAAACCAGCAUUAAAUAACAAAAACAAAUCCUAUACAAAGAUUAUUAUACACUCAUGCAUAUACAAAGUUAUAACAAAAAAA